UGAAUGCAACCAAAUAGCCACCUCCUAUCUGUCUUUUUUAAUCCUGGCUGGACUCUCCCUCUCCUCUACAAAUAGGGGAAUGCUUUCACAAUUUUUCUUGCGACUUCCCCUGCCGCUCUUUUAUAUUUUUCUCCUCAAAGUUUGUUCUGCUUUGAUUGUUUAAACCUCAGAGAAACUUAAGGUUGAAAAAGCGCACACACGGAUAUAGAAAGGGUUGGCUUCCAUUGAUCCUUUCUCAUACAGCUCAAGAGAGAUAAAUCUUCGAUCUUUUGCCAGAAAGCUUUCUGCUUAUUCAGAGGGGGAAUCUAGAAUUGGAGGCAUAGAGUUCUCCAUGGGUGAAGCGCCAGCUUUCAUUAUUGAUGAUCUGCAGACGGAAUUUCUAAAUGGGUUUGAUUUAAAAUCCCAUGUCAUCGGCAAUAAAGCAUAUCUGAUUGGUGGAGUCAACGAUGAACCAACAUUAUCACUUGGAGUUCAUAUUUUUGACCAAACAAGAGGCGAAUUGGUGAAUCCUCUUGUGCUGGGAACAAAACCCACACCAUGCAAAGGCCAUUCAGCUGUGCCUUUAAAUGAGGACCGAAUAUUGAUAAUUAAGAGAGGUUCUGCCCCAGAUGAUUGCAUAUGGUUUCUUGAGGUGGACACCCAAUUUGUUAGGGAACAGAGAAAAAUAUUGGGGACUGAAGUUGUUGCUUGGAGUAAGGGUGUGAGGGGCAAUCCUGACAAGCCAGUUGUUAUUAGUGGUCCUUCUGGAGUAGGUAAGGGUACACUAAUAUCUAUGCUCAUGAAGGAAUUCCCAUCUAUGUUUGGAUUCUCUGUGAGCCACACAACCCGGGCUCCAAGGGGCAUGGAGAAGGAUGGAGUUCAUUACCAUUUCACUGAACGAAGUGCUAUGGAGAGAGAGAUAAAAUAUGGCAAGUUUCUUGAGUUUGCUGCUGUUCAUGGGAAUCUCUAUGGAACUAGUGUUGAAGCUGUUGAAGUGGUAGCAGAUGCAGGAAAGAGAUGCAUUCUUGACAUUGAUGUUCAAGGGGCAAGGUCUGUGAAGGCUAGUUCUCUUGAUGCUAUGUUCAUCUUUGUCUGUCCACCAUCGAUGGAAGAACUUGAGAAGCGCCUCCGAGCAAGGGGAACUGAGACAGAGGAACAGGUCCAGAAGCGACUAAGAAAUGCUCAGGCAGAGAUUGAGCAAGGGCAAUCAUCAGGCAUCUUUGAUCAUAUCUUGUAUAAUGAUAAUCUUGAAGAGUGUUAUGAGGGUCUUAAGAAACUCUUGGGACUUGAUGGAAAUGUCACCACUUCCCCAAAAGCAUCACCCAAAGGAGUUGAGUUUCCUAUGGACGUAGCAAUAUCAAAAAUUGAUCAGAAAAUCAUCAUUAAGUGUGGAAGUCCGGAACUAAAAACAACUUCAAAGAACUUGAUUGUGUUGGAUUUAUGCUCACUCAAAGGAGGUGCACCUGGACGGACAAGAGGGCUAGAUUUUUAUGCCAUUGAGUCAUUUUCAAAUGGCUUAAAUGGAUUCAACCAGCUGAGCUAACGCUCCCUUCCGUGGCAAUACUAACUUGGAUCUCAUUUUAAAAAGUCAUCUUUAGUGUUAUCUCUUCAAAGGGGAAACCGUGAGAACGCUCUUGAUAUUGUUAUGUGAGAGACCAUCACAUGAUUUGAUUUUUUUUUCUUCUGUUCCCUAUUCUUUGUUUGUUUUAGAAUACGUGAACAAUUACUAUUCCUCCCCGUGGGCAAUGAGAAAUGAUUUAUGAUUUCUGCGGCAA